AUGUCGGGAGAUGUGGAUAAAGCGACGCGUCCGAAGAACGAUGCUGAACAAAAUUCAGUAAAAACUACAAAUCAACCCAAAAAUCCAGUCCGAUCACGCUGCGUUUGGGCUUUAUCGACUUUAUUUAUUAUUAUUUGUGUUCCGAUAAUCGGUAUUGGUUUCCAGUACUGCCCAGACAUUGUCAUCUUUCAGCGUCCUAAAGCAGCUUUGAAGACCCUGGGAGCCGAGGGAUUUUACCUCUUCUUGUCCCUGGAUGCGGAUCACGAUUUCUACCUCAGCCCUGAGGAGUUCAAACCCAUUGCUGAAAAACUCACAGGUAUCGCGUCUCCCUCCGAGUAUGACGAAGAGUUCGCCAGUGACCCGAACGGCGAGACGCUCAAUCUUCAUGCUGCCAUGCAGCCGCUCCUGCUCGAGACCAUGACCAAGAGCAAAGACGGCUUCCUAGGGGUGUCACAUAGUGCAUUAAGUGGGCUUCGUGCUUGGAAACGUCCCUCUGUUCCAUCGUCCACCUUCUCUGCGGCUCAGUUCCGGGCCUUUCUGCCUCUGAAGGGAAAGGAACAGGUCGGGGACACUUGGUGGAUCAUACCAAGCGAGCUGAACAUCUUCACCGGCUACCUGCCCAACAACCGGUACCACCCCCCCACUCCACAUGGCAAAGAGGUUCUGAUCCACAACCUGCUGAGUAUGUUCCAUCCCCGACCGUUCGUCAAAUCCCGCUUCGCCCCUCAGGGAGCCGUGGCCUGUGUACGCGCCGUCAGCGACUUCUACUACGACAUCGUCUUCAGGAUCCAUGCCGAGUUCCAGCUGAACGACGUUCCUGAUUUCCCGUUCUGGUUUUCUCCGGGCCAGUUCGCCGGACACGUUGUUCUGUCCAAGGAUGCCUCUCACGUGCGAGACCUCCAUCUCUACGUCCCUAAUGACAAGUCUCUGAACGUUGAUAUGGAGUGGCUGUACGGCGCCAGUGAGAGCAGCAGCAUGGAGGUGGACAUCGGCUACCUGCCACAGAUGGAGUUGCGGGCGGCCGGCCCGUCCACGCCCUCUGUGAUCUACGACGAGCAGGGGAACGCGAUCGACAGCCGGGCCGAGGGAGCGGAGCCCGUCCAGUUCGUGUUCGAGGAGAUCCGCUGGAGCUCCGAGAUCAGCCGAGAGGAGGCCGCCGAUCGCCUCGAAGUUACGUUUUAUCCGUUUAAAAAGGUUCCUUACCUGCCUUUCCCAGAGGCCUUCAGUAGAGCGGAAGCAGAGGGGAAACUGGUCCACUCCAUCCUGCUCUGGGGGGCGCUGGACGAUCAGUCCUGCUGAGGUUCGGGGCGGACUCUCCGGGAGACGGUCCUGGAAAGUUCGCCCGUCCUGGCCCUGCUCAACCAGAGCUUCGUCAGCAGCUGGUCUCUCGUCAAAGAGCUGGAGGACCUGCAGGCCGACGAGAAGAAUCUGGAUUUGAGUCAGAAGGCGCGUUUGCACCUGGAGAAGUACAGCUUCCCCGUAGAAAUGAUCGUGGCCCUGCCGAACGGCACCGUGGUCCAUCACAUAAACGCCAACAACUUCCUGGACCAGACGUCCAUGAAGCCCGAGGACGAGGAGGCGUCGUUCAGCUUCUCCCCGGGUUUCGAGGAUCCGUCCACCUCCACCUACAUCCGCUUCCUGCAGGAAGGUCUGGACAAGGCUAAAGCGUAUGUCCGGUCAUAAACAUACAACUGUGGAAAAACUGCGCCGCACUGAAUUCUGGGAAGGUUUUGCUGAUUUUGUACCGGUUAGGAACUAAUCAGUGUUGAUCUAUUAGUUGUUAUUUUAAAUCUGGAGGUAUUUAUAGCCACAAUAUGAAAACCGAAGACCCUCUGUGUAUGCACUCGAAUGUUAAAGGAACAAUUCAGCCAAAAUUGAUCAUGCAGUCCACCAGCCCUGUACCGGAGCGUCACGCUUGGUCAUAAUGGACUAUCACACCACAGCAUUUGCGUCAGGCCAGCAAAAAAUAUAAAUGCCCCAAUAUAAAUGCCCCAGUUUGGAUAUACUCAACCUCCCAGUGCUGGCAGCACCACCCUCACUCUGGGGUCCGGACAGCUUCUUUACACUCUAAAGCAAAGCUCCAGCAUUACAGUUUCACUUCAGUGUCAUGUUUUUAUACCGUUUUAUCCUGGUCAGGGUCACAGUGGGACAAAUUGGCCACCAUGUCUGCUGGACCAAGUGGGUGGUGUCUUCAAACGCUGUGCAAGGACCCUGGUUAGCUGAUAGAGGCAUCUGUACACGGGGCUCCACCAGGACUGCACACGUUUUAUACCCUCCUCGAACGCAAUCAGGGAUCCACAGCAGCGGAAGACGAAUUGAAUAAGCUAAAUCGAACCCUGGAUCCCAGCGAUAGCGAGUUGCCAUGAUUUACCGCUGAACCACCCGCGCUGACUUUGAAUUUUAGCUGAACUGCUCCUUUAACGGUCUGUUUUGAUUUGCCUGGUCGUCCCGCUGGACGAUGGAGCUCCAGCGGUCGUUCGGUUCAGAAUGUUCAGAAUGUUCAGAAUGAAGGAUGUGGGUUUGUGUUGCUCAGCCGUGCUCUGUGUGUGUGUGUGUGUGGGGAUGGAACAGUUUGUGAUGGCCUGGUCUAAAAGCUCAUUAGGGUGGGACCAGGCUUGAUGUUAUUGUUCCUGUCCACACACACACCCACACACACACAUUAUGUAAAAAGACUGCACACCUGAGCACACAGAUUCAGAAGGUUAUAUUCAGGUACUGACGAUGAUCCGACUGCUGUUGGACUCCUGAUCCCGUAUCAACUAUGCAAUACUACAGAUUAUUCCUCCUACCAUUCCCAGUGUUCCCAACCACUACUGCUCCACUAUGGAAGAUAUUAUAUAUAGACGAAGAGGUGGACGAUAUACCGAUAGGACAAUAUAUCACGAUUCUUGAAGGCAUUUUUUAUAUACUGUAUGAUUUGAUUUGGAUGAUGCUUGCUAACUGGUUUAUGAAAGCAAAUUGUAACCUGUGUUUUAAGCUACUGGACUAUGAAUCGAAAGGUCGGGGGUUCACGCCCAGCCCUCGUCCUCAGGUAUCAGUCGCUUGUGUUGUAUCAUGUAGCCGAAUGCCAAAAUGUAAAUGUACGUUUUGGAAACGUGUUUUUGACUUAUUACGUGAAAAUAAACGACCACAUUCUUUAUAUAUAAAAUUUUAUUCCCAUUAAGUGCUUUAUCCUGGUCUGGGUCGCUGUGCUUCCGGGUUCCACGGCCAGGGCUUUGGUCAUGAUUCGCCGGGAUUCUGAGAUUCGAACCCGGAUCUGAGCAGCCGUGGGCUAUUGUAACACACCUGAGCAAAUGUGCAAAUGUAAAAUAUUUAAUAUUUUAACAUUAAAGGGGUACAAACAUUUGCCUACAAUA